UUGUCCCCCUGGCUUAAACUAAGCAGAUGAUGUGAAGCAGUAGCUAGCUAAGCUAACUCAUACCAACCUUUAACUUUUCUCUCGACACUCCGCGGUUUUAGCGCAGCGGCUUUUAUUUUUCUGUCCUAAGACCCUGUAUUUCAGUGUCUCUGAGAGCCGCAGCCCUGCAUUCCAAACAGGAAGACGAGUACUUCAACAUGAGCUCAGAUGAUGGUGAGCUGGAGAACCAGGCGGAGCUGGAGGAGAAGACCAGGCUCAUCAACCAGGUUCUGGAGCUUCAGCACACCCUGGAGGACCUGUCUGCCCGGGUGGAUGCGGUGAAAGAGGAGAACCUGAAGCUGAAGUCAGAGAACCAGGUUCUGGGCCAGUACAUCGAGAACCUCAUGUCUGCCUCCAGUGUCUUCCAGACAACCGAAAGCAGAAGUAAACGAAAGUGAUGCCUGGACAGGAACCUCCACACAUCGCUUCCCACCAGAACCUGGAAGGAUUGGAUCGACUGGGUUCACAGAACCUUUAAUGACACUGAGACCCAAAGCAAGGGCUGGAUGUAAACGUUGGUGCUUGUUAUCUUCAUGUGACCACCAGAGGGCAGUGUUGCUGUAUUCAAACAGGUUCCUUUAGGUUUACUAGAUGUCAGUUUAGCAUUUUCCCCUUAGGUUGUGUUGGACUGACCCAAUCCAGCCCGGUACUCUGAUGUCAGACAGUGACUGUAAAAUGUCAGCGUUUUCCAUUUCAAAAAGAAUUUUGAUCCGAUUGUACUGUUCUGCCAGGUUCUGUGGAAUCAGACCCAGCAUAGCACCUGGCGGAUUAAAACAGGUGUUUUACCUCGGACCACCACUCAGCUAAGUGAGCUGAGGGGGUAGCGGCUCCUGCGGGAUGUUUCAUCGUUCAUGUACUCCAUCUGUGAGCAACGUUUCCACACACUUCCUGUCAGGCUCAACAGGGGCACAGAUGCCAGAUGGCCAAUGAACUCCUUCCAUGAAGAGAAUAGCAGCAAAGCUGAAUAUACAGCAUCUUUGGCAAAAUACUGUGUCAGAAUAUUGUAAAGAGGAAAGUUUUUUUUUUACCAUAAUACGAGGCACUUUAAUUUAUUCAUUUACUUUUUUUUAAGUAAGUUUGACGUUCCACAAGUGAAGUCUGUUCUUUGUUCCUUGUGUAAAAGCACAAGGAGCAAACAUUUAGUUGUAUUCUCAUUGUUUACAACAGCAGGGCCGCCAUCUUGUUUUACAAGCAUGUUUCACAGCUUGAUUCAUGUCACAGCUUGACAUGAAUCUAAAGUUGCACUUUGGAUUCAUGUCAACUCUCAGACAAAUUGCUUAAAAGAAAAGCAAGUUUUUACAAGAAUUCCUUUUUGUAAAACUAAAUAAAAGGGGCAAAGAAGUCAAUCUGAUUUGGUAAAAUAAAAUAGAUCUUAUUUUUAAGCCAUAUUGCCCAGCUCUGUUGUUUUAUCAGAUCUGAGUUGUUCUCCGUGUCGGUCUGGUUCCACAGUCCCAGUCUAGGCGUUUUUGUUCCAUCACCCUCAGGAUCUUCUCAGUAGUUCGAGCGACCGUGUUGCGGUGUCCGCCCUCAGCAGUGAUGGCCGGUGAUGUGAGGCCUGCUACGUCCAGAGUCAGUCAGCUUUUCUGCCUUUGCCAUCACGAGGCCCUGGCAGCGAGAGAGAACUGGACCAAAAAUGACAGGGGAUCCAAAUGUUUGUGCCCAUUUUGGCUUUCACAGGUUGUGGGCUGAUGCAACAGCCUGUUUAGUUAGAUCGUUGUUUUCAAUAAGAGUUGUUUUCUCUAGCUCCCAUUUUUCCUUUUAGCUUUGUGAAGCUCUGCUUAGAACCUUCUAAGGAUCCAAUAGCGCUAAAUGCUAAUUGUUGCAACGUUUUCUAACCAGUCUCAAGCUUUUGAUCGAAACAUAAAAGUUUUUGGGGACAGAGGAUUUCUUCAGACAAUAUCAGGAAGCCAGAGAAAUGUGGGAUUUGGACCCUCUGCCCACUGAUGACAUCUCCAAGUUUCUCCUGACACCCAGCAGAAACAACUCUCCUACCUUGGGUCCGGUGUCUCCGCUGACUUCCUCCGUGCCUGCAGGGUUCCUGUUACCCGGGGCAACUGUCGGUGUUCACGAAGCAGCCUCCUGUCCUCUGGAUCAGGAGAGGGCGAUCUGGGACGGGGGAAAUCCCCUUUGUCUUGACAUUUCGGGGUCAGUAUUAGUGCCAUGGUUGCAGACACGGAGUUUAGACAGUAGUGUGGUUGCAUUGUUCACUGAUGGCUGAAGGGCCUCAGGAACGCAUGAAGCUGCACAGCAUCCAUUGUUUGGGUGUUGGAGUCGCUGUUUGGCUGCUGCUCCUAGUGAGCGGCGUUAGACCGUCAUGUGUCCCUUAAAUGUCAUCAAUCCUGUUGCUUUUCUGUAUUGUAUAAAGUUUAUUUGUCUGAAUGAAUAAAGUUCUGAUCGCUGUUUCUGGUGAA